AUGGACAGAGUGAAGCUCGCACAAAAAGUAACGCGCAUUGCGUUUACGAGGGCAUACGCUGUUUUCCAAGCGGAAAAGGCGAGGCAACCGCUGGACAUAACCUCGCUACAAGUCGCGUACGCGCUGGUGCAAGAUAAAGCAAGCGAACUCAAGGAGUUGAGCCUGAAACUACGGAACUUGAUGAUCCAAGCCGAAGAAUCCGAAGAAGCCCUCUGCCGAGAAAUAGAGCAUGCGGACGAAUAUGCAGCGAAGUAUCAUCAAGCGAAAUUUGAGGUAACCGGAUUGAUUGAGAGGCAAGAAGCUCACGAGUCCACGCUGCCGGCACAGUCUCCAUCUCGACGGUCGUAUUCUGCACUCGCGAUGACACAGGAAAGUAUGCGCACACUAAAAUUACCAAAGAUUGAAUUAAGAAAAUUUGGAGGCGAUAUUAAAGAUUGGCUACCGUUUUGGGGGACGUUUAAGAAAAUUCACGUGAAUCCAGAAUUGGCUAAAGAAGAUAAAUUUCAUUAUUUAGUACAGUCUAUGGAAACGGGUUCGCGUGCAUGUGAAGUAGUAAGUAGUUUCCCGCCAACGGCGGAGAAUUAUGAGAAAGCCAUACAGAGCCUCGAGUCACGUUUUGGCAAGAAAGAAUUGUUGAUUGAAUUUUACGUGCGUGAACUUUUAAAGUUAGUUUUGAAUAAGAGUAAAAAGGUGUCGCUUGCGACGAUUUAUGAUAAAUUAGAAACGCAUAUGCGAUCGCUUGAGACUCUAGAUGUAACAACAGAUAUGUGUGCGGCGAUGUUAUUUCCGUUGGUAGAAUCUGCGCUGCCAGAAGAAACUUUGCGAACGUGGCAACGAGUAAUGACGUCGUCAACGCUGCAAACAGAUACAUCUAGUAUAAAUCGCACAGCCAAGGAUCGUCUUAUUAAUUUGAUGUCUUUUCUAGGAAGAGAGGUUGAGAACGAAGAGCGUAUUCUAAUGGCUAAGACAUAUUUCGAGAGUAGCGAUACCCAGGCAUCUAAAGAUAAAGAUAAGAAGAGAACGAGAUGCGAUCAAGGUCAAGGAGUAGCUACAGCAGCUGGUUUAUUAUCCGUGAAAGAAUCCAAGGCACAACCAUGUUUGUUCUGUGGAGAGAAACAUCAUAGUUCGAGUUGUGAAAAGGCGAAAGGCAUGGAUAUGGACGAGAGAUCUAAGAUCGUUAAAGAAAAAAAUGGCUGUUUCAAAUGUCUAAAGGUAGGACAUAGCUAUAAGAAAUGUUACAGCAAAGAAAAAUGUCCCUGGUGCAGUAAAGGACACUGCCUCUAG